CGUCAUCUCAACACCGAUCUGUCAUUUGGACAUGUAAAAUUAUGGGUAUCUAACAAAUUUCAAGUGUAACAAAUUAAAAUUUAAGUUUCUCUGUUCAAUACCUUUCGAACCAGUGCAGUUUCUUCUCAACAGUAUGCUUCAGUCCAUGUAGUGUGGUCUCUUGGCAAAAUCCUACGUAUAUACUGUAGGCGGAGGCAAUGGAAACUCUGAUCGAUUCUAUAAUAGACUUCGUGCGAGUAAGACAGCUGAAUAUAGCGUUGGCAGGGAUAUUAACCCUGGCGUACUUGGUGUACCAGUACUGGGGCCUGCUGUUCAAGGGCCAGGAGGAGGAGGAAGAGGAUGACGAGUGCCGCCACUCCACGCGCCUCUCGAGGUCACGGUCCAGGUCAUGCUCAAGAUCCCGAACGAGAUCCGGCAACUAUCACGAUUACAAAAUGGUAGAUUCGAAACAUGGUCGCCGAGGACGUAAAGCACAUCGGAGAUGCCCAGACUGCAGCCUCUGUAAUUGUGAACAGUAAUAACUAGCCGCGUUCACAUCAAACGUAUAGUGAGCUGCCGGCCGUGGCCGAGUACGACACGAACAUUUCAGUCACGCGACAACAGUAGCGCUGUGCUACGCGUAGACCGUACAAAGUGUGUACACUGUUACUACGUAGUUAUUGUGCUACGCGUAAUCACCAUGCUACGAAAGUCAAUUUACUGAGCGUAGUCAUUACCGAGUCAUGAUCAGACGAAAGUCACUUUACUAUUAUGCUACGCGUAGACACUACUACGUGUAGACACUAUACUACGCGUAGACACUCUGCUACGUGUAGACACUAUACUACGCGAAGUUUUUAAGCUAUGUCUAGUUAUUAUUCUUAACACUACGUGUAGUCAAUAGCUACGGGUAUAUAUCGUAUAAUUUUACGACCGCAUCGGGCUCACAUUCGACGUCUCAUUGUAUGUUUGGUUUGAACGCGCGCUUAAGGCUAUAUUUAAACCUCCUUGGUACCAAACCUCAGCAAAAAAAAAAUAUUUAAAACCA